GCCAUGUCAGAGGUCCUCACUGUAGAUGCUAUUUUGUUUGGGCUCUUGGUUUUUUCUGGCAUCCUGGGAAACAUCUUGGUCAUCCAUGUGGUGUUUCAGUCAGCCAGUGAGAGUCCGGCUCGGAGACUCCCUUCUUCUGACACCAUCUUGGUGCACCUGUCGUUGGCCAACCUGCUGACCUCACUCUUCCGCACGGUGCCCAUCUUCGUGUCAGACCUGGGCCUGAAUGUGUCUCUGUCUCCAGGCUGGUGCCGAGUCUUCAUGCUGCUGUGGGUGUGGUGGCGAGCCGUGGGCUGCUGGGUGACUCUGGCGCUCAGUGUCUUCCACUGCACCACCCUGAGGCGACAGCACGUAGCCUUCGGACCUCUCGCACAUCAGAGGGAGAGGCGGAGGGUGUGGUUCGUUCUGGGCCUGGUGUGGGGGGUUAACCUGGUCUUUUCUAUUCCGGCCCUGGUAUACACCACCCACAUUCACGGCAACGCCACCGUGGAGCUGAUGGUGAUCAGCUGCACCACCAGGCCUCUGCUGGGCUGCAUCUGGGAGUUCCCAUCUCAGCAGCAGGGCUCAGCCUUUGCCUCCACCUCACUGGCUCUAAAUGAGGUGUUGCCGUUGGUGCUGAUGAUGUUCACCAAUCUGGCCACACUUCAGGCUCUGGCCAAACACAUCAGAGCCGUCACCUCAGGUGGAGAGGGGGGAGGAAAUCAUGGGGAACUGGACAAACACGUGUCCACUGAGCGAAAGGCAGCUCAUGUCAUCAUGUCUCUGGUGUCGCUCUUCGUGGUCUGCUGGACGCUGCAGGUCGCCGCGGUGACGUACUACAACCACGACGGGGGACACCACGCAGAGGGGCUGCUGACCGUGGCCCACUUCUCCGCCUCGUUAUUUGUGGGCUUCAGUCCAAUGGUGGUGGCGCUGGGACAUGGCAAGCUGAGGAGAAGAAUCAUGAGCAUGAUACAGGGGUGGUCCAAAGUUCUGAAACGUCACCGUGAGGUCGCUGAACAGGGAAGUACAUCUCCAAAGACUGAAGGAAAAAAGGGAAAGUCAACUGUUUUUGUUGUUCAAAAUGAGAGAAAAUCAUAA